AUGCCAAAGCUCAGCGUCCAAGGCUGUGCGCAUGCGGCAAACGAUCCGCUUGUAGAGGACAUGUUGGAAUUGAAAAAGCGUUUACGUGACUCCUCCCAUUUGGCUUUCAACUUUGCGCAGGCUAUUUCGUCCAUUCGUGCACAUACCGUGCCAUUACGUAGCGCAUCAGAAGCCAAGAAGCUUCGACAUAUUGGUAACUAUCUAGCUAAUCAGAUACUCAGUAUUUUGAGAAAACGAGGCUUACUAGAGGAACAGAAUUGCGGACAAUCGUUUGCGCUACCAAAUACGGCACCAGUUGGUACCCAGUCUGAGCUGUCAAUAAGAGACAAUUUAGCUGAAAUUCCGGAUCGCUUGUCGAGAGUAUACGCACCUGCUUACCGCAAACAGCCGUGGUUCGUGCUACUGGCACUUCAAGAAGCUCAAGCCAUACAUGAAGACGCGGCAAUACCUUUUGAUGUGCUGUUUAAACGAAUGCUAAACGCCGGGUAUGAAGGUACUAGUGUCAAGUUGCGAACGUGCCUCGCGUCACUAACCGGAACACAUGAAGUGAUCAAGAGAUCCGGGUCAAUGAUGGAAGCGGUCACAACCGCAGAUACAGGGACAAUUCCCAGGAAUAAUUCUACCUCUACAAAGUCAAAUACUGUUUGUAAUACUGAUACCACUUUGACUGAAGAAGUGCGACAACGCCCUUCUGAUUUGAGCUGGACGGACGUAACGCCGAUAGACGGAGAAUCCUUGAGUGAGCUGACUGCUUGUCCUAUAGGUCAAGCUGAGACUUUGAAUACUCCAUUUCUUGAAGAGUUGAUUCGUCAAACAGACAUUUGGGAAUUAGUGAUCGUGCUGGAUCAUCGUGAAAUCAUUGAGCGACGGAAUCCUCGAAUAUUGGAACGAAAGUUGCAAGAACGAAACAUUAAUUGUGAAGUGCGUGCGCUUGGCGUAGGAGACGUUCAAUACAUAGCGCGUCGCAGGCGUAUUGGUGGCGAGACGCAAGAAUUUAUGCUUAAUGUCAUCGUUGAGCGAAAGGAAGUGCAUGAUUUAUCGGGAAGUAUCAUUGACCGACGAUUUUACGAGCAAAAGACCCGUUUAGCUACUGUGCGAAAGAAUUGUGGUAAUGUGCAUGUUAUUUAUCUCAUUGAGGGCUCAUUGACCCAAAUCACUACAGUGCGAACGAGUGGCCUCAACACGGCAAUGGCCCGUACGCAGAUGCAAAACAACUUUUUUGUUCAGCAGAGUCAAAACUCGGACGAAACCGUCGCAUUUCUCGCUCGAGUAUACUCGCGUCUACUGUCUAGAUUUCCACCGACUUUAGAAGUUAUGAGGCCAGUGACAUCACAAUUGCUGCCUUCCAACCAUUUUGACACGAAUGACUUUGCCAAGAUAUUUUGCUUACCACCCCAAACGUUUGCCCCAUUUAACUCGCAGUUUGGUAAGAAAACCCAGUUUUCUGUGCGUGAAAUCUAUCAACGGAUGCUGCUGCAAGUUCCUGGUUUUAGUGCUGCGAAGACGAUAGAAUUGACGGCGAAAUAUCAAAAUCUGAAGGAAUUAGAAACAGCACUACGGAAACGUGAUCGUGAUAGCGAAGUUGAGCAUGUUCGGUACGGGAAAUGUCAGCGUCGACUUGGAACCAGAGUACGCACAACUCUUAGCCAUAUCUUUACAUCAAAUGAAUAUACUGAGGAUAUCUAA